AUGGCACAGAAUAUCGGUAUUUAUACUAAUCCUAUACUCUUUAUACUUGGUACCAUUGGGAACUUUUUAAGUGUGCUGGUUAUGACAAGGACAUCAAUGAUCAAAUCAUCAACAUGUUAUUACAUGGCAGCACUGGCUGUGGCAGAUACAUCUGUUUUAUUCUGUGCUUGUCUUAGAACCUGGUUAUCUUACAUCAUGGGAUAUGAUUUGAUAAAUACAUCAGCAGAGAUAUGUAAAACUAUUUCAUUUAUGUGUUACUGGAGUUUUACAAUGGCUGCCUGGAUUUUGGUGGCCAUGACGAUUGAUAGAUAUAUAGUGAUACACUAUCCAUUGAUGGUACACAAGUAUUCAACCAUCAGACGAACACAGAAAGUCAUGUUGUUAUUGGGUUUCUUAUUAAUAGGAUUUACUAUGCAUUAUUUAUUU